GUUCCCACAACAAACUUGUUUUUCUUUCCCUCUUGUCACUUCUAUAUGUUCUCUCUUCAGAGUUCCUAAAGUUUCAAAUAUUAAUAUUCCUAACAUUUUAUAAAACUUUAUGAUAAAAUUGUGCAUAGUGUAGCACAUUAUUUAACAUUGAACAUAUUAUUAACAUUUAACAUAGUCAUGAAGUUUAUGAAACUAGGAUCUCGUCCUGAUAUCUUCUACACUAAAGACUCAGUCAGGUCAGUUUCUUCUGAAGUUUCAAGUGAUCUUAUAAUUCAAGUGAAAGGAACUAGAUAUCUUCUUCACAAGUUUCCACUCCUAUCAAAAUGUUUGCAUCUACAAAGAUUAUGUUUGGAGUCACUAGAUUCAGGAAAUCAUCAAAUAGUACAACUCCCCGAUUUUCCUGGCGGAGAAGAAGCAUUUGAACUCUGCGCAAAAUUCUGCUAUGGAAUCACAAUCACUCUAAGUGCUUACAACAUUGUAUCCACAAGAUGUGCCGCGGAAUAUUUACAAAUGACAGAAGAUGCAGAAAAGGGUAACUUGAUUUACAAGCUUGAAGUUUUUUUCAAUUCAUGCAUACUUCGCGGUUGGAAAGAUUCAGUUGUGACACUACAAACCACAAAAGCAUUGUCUUUAUGGUCAGAGGAAUUGUCAAUUACAAAUAGAUGCAUCGAAGCAAUUUGCUCGAAGGUCUUAAAGAGGGUUAGAAAUGAAGAUGAUAUAUCUUGUAGUGGAACAGAAAGUUUGAGAGAUAAAUCAGUAAGAAAAGGAUGGUGGGGUGAAGAUUUAGCUGAAUUGAAAAUUGAUCUUUAUUGGAGAAUCAUGAUUGCUUUAAAAUCUGAUGGAAAAAUGCCUUUAAAUCUCAUCGGUGAUGCGUUGAAAAUUUAUGCUUCUAGAUGGCUACCAAAAACCGGUUCCGAUUCUGAUUCAAGAAGUGAAAUAGCAUCAAAGUACAGUUUGCUUUUAGAAUCAAUAGUGAAUUUGCUUCCAGCUGCAAAAGGUGUUGUUUCUUGUAGCUUCCUUCUUAAGCUUUUGAAAGUUGCCAAUGAUUUGAAAGUUUUUUCGUCUUUAAAGAUCGAAUUGGUUAAAAGGGUUGGACUUCAAUUCGAGGAAGUAACAGUGAAUGAUCUUAUAAUGGUUUGUGAUGUUGAUUUGGUGAUGAACAUAUUGGAAGAGUUUAUGUUGCAAAUAAGUCAAAGUCCACCAACUAGUCCUCAAAGAUCAAGGUUCGCUUUUGAACGGAGAAGGUCACGUUCGGCUGAGAAUGUUGAUUUUGAAUUGCAAGAGAGUAGAAGAUCUUCUUCAGUUUCACAUAGCUCAAAGUUGAAGGUGGCUAAGCUUGUUGAUAAGUAUCUUCAAGAGGUUGCUAAGGAUGUGAAUUUGCCUCUGGAUAAGUUUGUUGCUAUUGCUGAAACUGUACCUGAAUUUGCAAGAUGUGAUCAUGAUGAUCUAUACAGUGCUAUUGAUACUUAUCUCAAGGCUCAUCCAGAACUCGACAAAACCGAAAGGAAAAGACUAUGUAGAAUUCUAGACUGCAAAAAACUCUCCAUUUCAUCAUGUAUGCAUGCUGCACAGAACGAGCUACUUCCACUAAGACUUGUUGUCCAAGUUCUCUUCUUUGAGCAAGCUAGAGCUGCAUCAUCUGGUGGCAAAGUCACCAACAUAUCAAGCAACAUCAAAGCAUUACUCACUUCUUAUGGAAUUGAUCCAUCAAAACAUGCAGCACAAUUAAGCACAAGUACAAGUAUACAUGCUAGUGAUAAUUGGAGUGUUAAUGGAUUGAACUCACCAAAGAACACAACUCUUAGGAUGAAACUAGCUGAGGAUGAUUUUGAUGAGAAUAAUGAUGUGGAAAUCAAUGGAAUUGGUAGAAGUUCUAGAUUUAAAAGUUUUUGUUCACUUCCUACUAAACCUAAAAGAAUGUUUAGUAAGUUGUGGUCUACCAAUAGAAGCACAACUCAAAAGAAUUGAGUGAUUUUUUUUUUUAGUUUUUUCAAAUUUUUCAGUAUGGGAAUGGUAAAUUAUUAGAUUUAGGGGGUAAAAUAUUAUACUGUAUUUUUCUUUUUUGCCAAAGGCUUUGUAACUUUUAGGGAAAACCAAUGCAUCUAAAUAUGCAGUGUUCAUGUAA